AUGGGGAAACGCGACCGAGACAAGCUCGCCGAUAUCGACAGUCGCGAUGGUCCUCCACCUGCAGCGACAAAGCGCAAACGUACCGACGAAUCCAAAGUCGAGUUAGCCGCGGGAGAGACUCAUCACGCGGGCAUUGUCGACUUUGAGACUUUGCCUGAGGAACUCUGUCGCCAGAUUAUGCUCGCUUGUGACUGGAAGACUCUCAUCGGCGGGUUGAGUCUCGCUAGCAGGAAAUGGAACAGGAUAGCCUCAGAGCGUACCUUCCAAUCUCUUUCAAUACGCUUCAGCGAGGAGGGAACCAUUGCCCACAAGAGAUCCGUCGUGGCUACCUUGAACAAAUUCCAGCUGCGCAAUAUACAGGACUACACUCGCCGACUUCACGUCAAGUGUGGAAAGAGUCGGGAAUCACAAGACAAGGCACUGGAACUUGCGCGCUGUGUCAACCCUAAGCGUUGUACAAGUCUCAAUGUCAUCCCUCACGAUGCGUUUCACGAAGAGGUGUACGCCGAAGCCGUGCGGAUUGCCACGACCAUGCCGAAGCUGAUGCGCAUGACCAUCCCGGCAGUGUCUUCCGUUACCGAAGCCCAAGGCAGCGUACAACCUGAGCGAUUGCAUCUCAAAGCGGCAUUGACGUUCAAAGUUGGUCAUAAGCAACCGCGCGAGCUGGUGUGUGACAUCAACGUGAAUGAUCAGCUGGGGCUGGGGACGCCUAAAGCUGGAGUGUUCGGCUUAGUAUCGACUGGCAGUCACAAAGAAUCGAACCUACCGCCCACAAAGACAAACCUGAUCGCGCUACAACUCAAGUCGAAUGGAACAGUGCGUUCUGAUGUUUUCCGCAGCUUCAUGGACGACCUCGGCUUCAGGGAACAUCGCACCGAACAGCUUACGAAGCUAGACUUUUUUCGUACAAGUAUUGUGGGCGAGAUAUCUACCAUCCGCACCAACCUACGAUGUCUAGGCUUACGCAAUCUGAAGAUCCUGCGUGUCCGAGAGUGCCGUGACCCGAUCUGUUUGUUGUUCUACGUUCUGGGAGAAGCGCUUCAGUUACGUCCUCUCAAUCUCACCACGAUAGAUAUCUCUGGCAGAUGGGAUAGUGAUACCUUUGAGGAUGUCGAGAAUUGGCUACUGUUAAUAUGGGCAGAUUGCCCUUACAUGUCAGAUCUGACGUUCGAGUCCGAUAGGCCCUUCACUCUCAUUCCCCUGCUUCGCGUACUUCGCGCGCGUGGGCAUGCACUGCGCCGCCUCAAAUACCGUGUCGGGAACGAUUUGCCUCUUGAACACUAUUACUGGAUCUUCUAUCAUUGCAGGUCCCUUGAAGAACUCGAGCUUGACAUGCCUGAACUACGAUCGGACACCGGCAGGGAUAUCUUCAUGCCAUACUUGAACGGGCAGCACUCUCAAUUCACCCAAACUGUUGCUUUACAUGGUACUACGGCGCUUCACACCCUACACCUUCACCUUCCUCAGGCCUCCUUCCGCAGGAUGGCAUCGGAUAGGAACCAGACCACAGACCUCAAAGUGUGCCUAACCGAGAUAACCAACUUCAAUGCGAAGUCAUUGGCGCAAAGCAAAGCUGAGAUCAACCUCCGUAUUUGGGCAUGGACAAUACAUACGGCCAAAGGUAGCUCAACAAAACGAUUCGGGAAGGUGCUCAAGAAGGUCGAUGGAAGUGACUCGCAAGAAGAGUGUUGGGAGGAUGUCGGUCUCUAG